UACAAAGACCUUCAUGGAUGCUGCUUGUGCCAUUUCCAGUCUCCCAGACCAUCCCAUCCAUAAAUCCCUGCAUUCUGAGCAUGCUGCAGCCUCCAAACUAAUUUAGCACAGGAGGAACACACCCUGAGUCCAGGAUGAGGUCUCUUCUAUGGACAUUGAACUCUCAGCUGCCUGUGCCUGUUGCCUGUGAUGGAAGAACUUGAUGUGAAUGUGAGUUCCAGUGAGGGCUUCGGCGUCGCGGGGAAGAUCGUGCUGCUCUCCUUCGUCUCCGCCGUCAUCCUGAUGGCCAUCCUGGGCAACCUGCUGGUCAUGGUGGCCGUGUGCCGGGACAGGCAGCUCAGGAAAAUCAAGACCAACUAUUUCAUUGUUUCCCUGGCCUUUGCUGACCUGCUGGUGUCAGUGCUGGUGAUGCCCUUUGGAGCCAUCGAGCUGGUUCAGGACAACUGGAUCUAUGGAGAGAUGUUCUGCCUGGUUCGGACAUCCCUGGAUGUGCUGCUCACCACAGCGUCCAUCCUGCACCUCUGCUGCAUCUCCCUGGACAGGUACUAUGCCAUCUGCUGCCAGCCCCUGGUGUACAGGAACAAGAUGACCCCGCUGCGCAUCGCGGUGAUGCUGGGAGGCUGCUGGGUCAUCCCAACCUUUAUUUCCUUCCUCCCUAUCAUGCAAGGCUGGAAUAGCAUUGGCAUCAUUGACCUGAUCCAGCAAAGACAGUUCAACAAGGCCUCCAACUCCACCUACUGCAUCUUCAUGGUGAACAAGCCCUACGCCAUCACCUGCUCCGUGGUGGCCUUCUACAUCCCCUUCCUGCUGAUGGUGCUGGCCUACCACCGCAUCUACGUGACGGCGCGGGCACACGCGCGGCAGAUCCAGCUGCUGCAGCGCGCGGGGAACCCGGCUGAGCCACGGCAGCACCCCCAGGAGCCACGGCAGCACCCCCAGGAGCCACGGCAGCACCCCCAGGAGCCACGGCAGCACCCCCCUGACCAGCACAGCACCCACCGCAUGAAAACCGAGACCAAAGCUGCCAAGACCCUGUGCAUCAUCAUGGGCUGCUUCUGCCUCUGCUGGGCCCCGUUCUUCGUCACCAACAUCGUGGAUCCCUUCAUAAACUACACGGUGCCCGGCAAGCUGUGGACGGCCUUCCUGUGGCUGGGCUACAUCAACUCGGGCUUGAACCCUUUCCUCUACGCCUUCCUCAACAAGGCUUUCAGACGUGCCUUCCUCAUCAUCCUGUGCUGCGGCGACGAGCGCUACCGAAGGCCUUCCAUCCUGGGCCAGACCGUGCCCUGCUCCACCACCACCAUCAACGGCUCCACGCACGUGCUGAGGUACAAGGUGUUACACAACGGGCACCACCAGGAACACGAGAAGCUUCCCAUCCACACCGACCCCGAGUCCCAAGAGUCCUGUUUCUAGUCCUGGGCCCAGAAGAGGAAGAGCAGAGACCUUUUAGGCUAUCCCAAGGAUUCACAGACAGAAGGACUUGAAAAUCCAUCCAUCUGCAUUGUCUUGGUGCCUCCUGCAGCGAAUUCCCAGGAAUGUCCAGCCGUGGGAGCUGGCUGGGAGCACGGGGAGGCUCAGACCUGCUGUCCCUGUCCCUGCAGGAGCAGCUGGAGCACGGCUGUGCCAGAGCCCUGCUCCAGCAGGGAGGGAUUCCUGGCAAAGGCAGGACACAAAGCAGCUCCAAACCACCCUGUGCAGGGACUCCUGCUGCCCCUUUCCUGCUGCCCUCUGCUCAGCCCUGUCCUGGGGUCUCAAGCUGUGGCUGAAGCCCAGCAGGGUGGGACUGAGCUGCCCCAUCCCCGCUGGCUCCUGCCCGGACACCGGACCCUGUCAGUGGAGCAGUGCCACGUUUUCUCCAGGAGAACAAGAGGAAAUGUCUGCUGCCCUUUGGUUCCAGCCCCUGGGGGUGGUUUGGUUCCAGCUGCUGCCUCACCCACCCUGCUGAGCUCUGGAAAUGCUGUGGCUGUGUUUCCUGGCCGAGGAGGAUUCCAGGGAUGUGCAGGGAGUGGGACCAGCCACGGCCGUGCUCUGCCAUUCCCUGGGGAUGGGAUCCCACCAGGAUGGGAUGUCCCCUGGAGCCCAGAGCUGUCCCCAUCCCUCCCCUGAGCAAACCUGGGGCAUCCUGAGGCUGCAGGAAGCUUGGCCAGGAGCCAGAGCCGCUCUGUAAUGGAUCACUAAGUGCCAUCUUGGAAAACAAACCAUCUAAACCCUUUUCUAGCUACAUUUGGAAGAGAGACUUCUACUUACCUUUGCCACCUUUAUUUUUCUAUUUGUUGCUGGUCUCUUCCAGUUGAGGCAAGAAGUUUUCCAGACUUUUCCAGUCUCACCAUUUGCAAAGAUCUCAGUCCUCAGCUGCUCUCUGCAUGUCGAUGUUGCCACGUUCCUCGUGAGCUGCUUCUCCCUUUGCAUGGAAAGGGUGGGCAAGGCUCUAAACUCCCCAAAUUUGGGAAAAGGAUUUUCAUGCAGGAUCAAGACCACGAGCCUCGACCCUUUUUAGGUGAAGAUCUACCCCAGAGAUGCCACCCUGAGCCUAGGAAAUAAAAUUGUACUUUGUCAUAUCGUGUAACCAUGUACAGAUAUUUUUAAUGUACAAAGAAAAGCUGACAUUAUUUAUUAUUUUUUAUCAGGAACAUGUGUUUUUUUCAUUAAAAGCUUCUAGCCCAAGGAGCUUAACAUUCUAUGUAUUAUUAUUUAGUAAUAUUUCUGUUGCUAUGUGACAGGUAUUUACUGUAAACAGACAAAUCCUGCUUGGAACAAACAAAAAUAUUGCUCAGUUGGAGAAAUUUUGUGCAUGAGAAGAACAAGUGGAUUCCUGGCCAUGGUGUCUGACUUCUUUAAAUAUUUCUUCCACAGCAAAGUCACUGCUAAAGCUUCACAUCCUUUUCCUUUAGGAUUCAGAAGGACACUGGGCAGAAACAGCCUCGGUUGGAAGGCUGAGGUAGAAAAUUGCUGCCUGCUGGAGAGACACAAAUUAUUGGUGUUUGUGGUGGAAGGUGCUCCUGGUUCAUCACUGGGACCUGGUUGGCAAUGUCCUGUUUUAUAGAGGCUUUUAUUUCCAAAAAAAAAUUCAUUUAACUUCACUCUUGAUACCAGAACAGUGAGUGAAAAAAAAUCCAUUCUUGAAAGUUUGGAAAAAAAUCCAUCCAGGGCUGCUUGAGUGCUGUUGAUCCUCCUGCUCUGUGGAAGUGCCCACAGGGGUUUUGUUGGGGCCUGGGCACACGAGGCUGCAGAACAGCUUGGCUCAGCUCCACCUCAAGUGUCAAAUUUCUUAAAGAAAUCCUAAAAAAAAACUUUUCUCUGUCCCCAUUGAAGGGCAACAAAAUCUUGGUGUGAAAUUUCCUGGAGUGAGAUGGAACCAGCAGCACGGGGAAGCCACAGGGAAAGGUUCUUUGGUUCUGCUUUGUCCUUCAGGCAUUGUUUUCUCCUUUACUUUUAUGUGCAUUAGGAAAAGUUCUCUUGAAUUUAAAAUAAACUCCCAGUUUCUUGAAUUUAAAAUAAACUCCCCAGGGACAACAUUCCCAAGGUUCUGUCAGUGGGAGCAGUGGCUCACCAGCCAAAAUGGUCAACAGCUCUCACUGGGAAAAGGCUCCUCUUCCAUCUGGAUGAAAUUCCAAACACGAAAUGUCCGUGUCCUGUGUCACCUCUCAUCCCUCCCUGGCUCAGCAAACCUGGCAGCUCCUGUUAAUCCAACAAUAAUCCCAGCACAGCUCCUGCCAGCCCAGCACUGCCACUGGGCCAUCAACAGCAGCAGAAUUUCCCUGGAAAAGAUGGGAAGGUCCCAUCUGGAUUUCCCAGUGCAGCUUUUUGCCCAUCUUGGCUGGUGGUGCCAGCCCUGGCCUGUGCUCAGUGAUGUGUGGUGCAGUGGCUGCUCCUAAAAAUAAAAACUCUCUGGACAUGGCAGUGAACUCCAGCUUGGGCUCGUUUCUGGUGCUGUUUGCACUCAAACCCCAGUCUGGGAGCAGGUUCCACCUCCCCACGGGAGCCCCAGGAGCUGGAACACUG